AUGGUUCAAGCAGAUGAAAAUUCUAAAGAAGAUGUCCAGGCAAUGCUGCGUAAAUAUGAGAUGCAUCGCCGAGCCUUGCUUAAACAUGUCCUCGCUCCUUCAUCGGCUCAACAAGAGGAGGAAAUGUUGGCGAAAAGACGAAGACAGGAAGAAGAGAAGAAAACCGAAGAAUCUAAGAAAACACUCUUAGAAAAACAUGCAGAGUUGAAGGAACAUGACGCGACUGUUGAAAUUGCUCAAGGAGUGCAGUAUACUGAAUCAUUCAAGACAUCUUGGCGACCACCAUCUCAUAUACGAAAUCAAACUGAGGAGGAUUUCGACGCAUUCAGAAAAAGAAGAGGAAUCACAGUGGAUGGAUUGGAAUGUCCUCCACCUAUAGGAAGUUUCUUGGUUCGUUUCUAG